ACAGUGUUUGUUGGAAAGAACAAGCCACAGAAAGAUCCCCUGAGCUCCUUCCGCUGGCAGGGCUUCAAGCUGGAAGAAUAUCUCAUUGGCCAACCCAUCGGGAAGGGCUGCAGCGCCGCUGUGUACGAAGCAGCUAUUCCUUUCUCUUGCGAUCGCCAGGGACGUGUGGAGAGCAGCCAUCUCGCAGGGCAGGGGCCAGCCGUGCAGCGGGAUCGUGGCUCGGCUUCACAGGCGGCUGAAGAGGAGCCCGUAGAGAAACACCAACUGAAAGAGGCUUUUCCGUUAGCUAUCAAAAUGAUGUGGAACAUUUCGGCUGGUUCGUCAAGUGAAGCCAUCCUUGAUGCUAUGGGCCGAGAGCUUGUUCCAGCCACGGGGGUUGCCUUAGCCGGAGAAUAUGGAGCUGUCUCUGGCCGCAGAAAACCUGUCCUUGGGAGGAAGAAGUUGCAACCUCAUCCGAAUAUAAUCCAGGUGAUCCGAGCAUUCACAUCCUCAGUCCCUUUGCUGCCUGGAGCCUUCACAGACUAUCCCGAUGUUCUUCCAUUAAGCCUGAAUCCCAGAGGGAUCGGUCACAGCCGCACGCUCUUAAAAAAAGUUUUCCUUGUUCUGACUAGUUAUCCGUGCACCCUGCGCCAGUAUCUGAGGGAGAGCAGUCCAGAUGUUUGUCUCUCCACGAUGAUGAUUUUACAGCUCUUGGAAGGUGUGGACCAUCUUGUUCGACAUGGAAUAGCACACAGAGACCUGAAGUCUGACAACAUCCUGGUUGAAUUUGAUUCUGCUGGCUGCCCCUGGCUGGUGAUCACGGACUUCGGUUGCUGUUUGGCAGAUGAAAACGUCGGCUUGAGACUGCCUUUCACCAGCUCUUACGUGGAUCGGGGCGGCAACGGCUGUCUUAUGGCUCCCGAGGUGAUCACAGCGUCACCUGGUCCGGGCACGGUGAUCAACUACAGUAAAGCUGAUGCGUGGGCUGUUGGAGCAAUCGCCUAUGAAAUCCUUGGCCUGGCCAAUCCUUUCUAUGGCCACGGGGACUCGACUCUGGAAAGCAGAAGUUACCGUGAAGACCAGCUGCCAAGCCUGCCUGAUCACGUGCCCCUUGAGGUGAAGCAAGUGAUAAAGAUGCUACUUCAGAGGGAUCCCAACAAGAGAUUGUCUGCUAGAGUUGCUGCUAACGUGCUUCACCUAACCCUCUGGGGUGAAAGCAUUCUAGCAUCCAGGACCCUGAAACCCGACCAGAUGAUUGCCUGGCUUCUCUGCCAGUCUGCGGCCACUCUGCUCAUGGAUGGACUGGUGGAUAAAAGCCGGGUAGAAACCAAAAUGAAGAUGUGCUUUUUGGCAAACCUUGAGUAUGAAGACCUCUGGGCAGCGAUAUUCCUGUUGCUGGCCUGGAGAAGCCGGUCUGGGACACAACCAUGCGAUAGAUAA